AUGGCCAGCUUAGGGGCUCUGGAAACUGCAUAUUUGACGGUUACUAAAGUAACAGGAGCUUCCCAAGCUUUUUGCGGCCCUGAUGGAGGCUGCAAUUCAGUCCUGUCAGGUCCCUAUGCUUCGAUACCUUUUACUGAUUUCCCCCUGGCAGCCUUGGGUCUGGUGGCCUAUAGUAUGGUGGCAACUUUGGCAUUGCUGCCUAUAGCGACAAAUGAUUCCGAUGACACCGAAAACAGGAUUUGGCUCGCAGCAGCAACGACAACUAUGGGUACUUUCUCCAUCUUUCUCAUGUCUUUGCUCUUCGGAGUGUUGCAUGAGAGCUGUCCAUUUUGCAUAGUUUCCGCGUGUCUUUCUAUUGGCAUGGCAGGGAUUUUUUGGGUUGGAGGUGGCCUUCCAGACGAAGAACGGAAACGUGGAGCUCAAAUCAGUGUGGGGAGCUUUGCAACCACUUUUGUGGCCGCCUUGACACUGUUCCUCAGCGUCGAUGACACGAGCACUGCAACUCAAUUUGCUGGAUCUGCGGGUGGCUCGGCUGCAGAAUCAGGGACUCUACUCGCCUCAGCCGAAGGAUACAAACCACCACCUAUAACAACUGUGUCGUCAGAACGAACUCUUGCCUUAUCGGCUGAGCUUGGGACAUUGAAUGCCAAAUUGUACGGCGCUUAUUGGUGCUCUCAUUGCUAUGAUCAAAAAGAGGCAUUCGGCAAACAAGCCUUUUCCACAAUCCAAUACAUCGAAUGCAGUAAGGACGGUUACAAUCAACAAAACGGCCUUUGCAAGGAGAAGAAUGUUCCAGGAUAUCCCACCUGGGAAAUUAAUGGGAAGCUCUAUCCUGGCGAACAAGCAAUAGAAGAACUAGAAGAGAUUGUGCUGCAAGCGAAGAAAAACUAA